AUGAAGCCCAGUCUGCUGGGCGGCGGCGGGACCAGCACCUUUCUGUCAGCGUGCCUGAUCUCCGCGUGCCAAGCCCUGCAGAGCUGCGGGGAGGUCCAGUGCGUCGACGGCCAGCGGUGCUGUCCGCCCAUCGCGCACGGGAACGGAAGCGCGGCCGUGCGCUGCUGCAAGCUCCCCAUCCACGUCUUCUUCGACAACGUGGGCUGGUUCACUCGGAAGCUGUCGGGCAUCCUGAUCCUGCUGCUGCUCUUCGCCAUGGGCUACUUCAUCCAGCGGAUCAUCUGCCCCCGGCCCCGCCGGCACCAGAACCAGGACCGCGGCGAGGAGCCCUCCCUCUUCCACGGCCGCGCGUCCGCGUCCCAGGAUUUCCUCCUGGACCAGUACCCGGAGUCGUGCGCCGUGGGGGACUUCGCCUCCCCGAACCUGCCGGCCUACGACGAGGUGAAACACCUGCCCACGUACGAGGAGAGCAUGCAGGAGCUGCACAGAGACCGGUCCGACGAGAACCUGCUGCAGGACACGCAGAGGGGUGAGGGGGGCAGAAGAACCGGAGCCAGGUCCGGGGAGCGGAGACCGGAUCACCUGCAAGAGACGGGCACGCAACAAAGCCCAAGGACAGCCCGGAACUCUGUCUGAAGAGGAGACCGAGGACAAACUGCAGCUUACAGUGUUAUUACUCAUCCAUCAUCAGAGGAGCAAGUGCAAUUAUUACAGAUUAAUAAUCCUGAAUGUAGAGAAUAAAAGAGGAGAUGAACCUGAUUUCUAACAUGUGAGGUCUCUGCUGCCUUGUGUGUAAAAACAACAACCUGGGUCAAAGAAUGAUCUUAAACGUGUUGAGGACAGAAAAGUUACCCAGAACCUUCAUUAAAGUGA